AUGGGCAGCGCUGACUCCAAGCUCAACUUCAGGAAAGCGGUGAUCCAGCUGACCACCAAGACCCAGCCUGUGGAGGCAACAGAUGAUGCCUUUUGGGACCAGUUCUGGGCAGACACAGCCACCUCAGUGCAGGAUGUCUUUGCCCUGGUACCAGCUGCGGAGAUCCGAGCGGUGAGGGAAGAAUCACCUUCAAACUUGGCCACUCUGUGCUAUAAGGCUGUGGAGAAGCUGGUGCAGGGAGCAGAGAGUGGCUGCCACACGGAGAAGGAGAGGCAAAUCGUCUUGAACUGCUGCCGGCUCCUCACUCGUAUCCUGCCUUACAUCUUUGAGGACCCAGACUGGAGAGGUUUCUUCUGGUCAACUGUCCCUGGGGCUGGCCGAGGAGGGGGAGAUGAGGAUGAUGAAAAUGCCAGGCCUCUGGCUGAGUCCCUGCUCCUUGCUGUUGCAGAUCUGCUCUUCUGCCCUGACUUCACUGUGCAGAGCCACCGGAGGAGCACGGUGGACACAGCAGAAGAUAUCCACUCCAUUGACAGCUGUGAGUACAUCUGGGAGGCAGGAGUGGGCUUUGCCCAUUCUCCACAGCCUAACUACAUCCAUGACUUGAAUAGGACAGAGCUGCUGAAGCUGCUGCUGACCUGUUUCUCUGAGGCCAUGUAUCUGCCUCCAUCCUCGGACAGCAGCAACACCAACCCCUGGGUACAGUUCUUCUGCUCUACAGAGAACAGACAUGCUCUGCCACUCUUCACCUCCCUCCUGAACGUGGUCUGUGCCUAUGACCCAGUGGGCUAUGGCAUCCCUUACAACCACCUGCUCUUCUCUGACUACCGCGAGCCGCUGGUGGAGGAAGCAGCCCAGGUGCUGAUCGUCACUUUGGACUAUGACAGCUCCACCAGCUCAAGUCCCACUGUGGAUGGCACCACCACUGGAACAGCCAUGGAUGAUGUGGAUCCUCCUGGACCAGACAAUCUGUUUGUGAAUUACCUCUCAAGAAUACACCGAGAGGAGGAUUUCCAGUUCAUCCUGAAGGGAGUGGCCCGCUUGUUAUCAAACCCGCUGGUCCAGACCUACCUGCCAAACUCUGCCAAGAAGAUCCAAUUCCAUCAGGAACUCCUUGUCCUCUUCUGGAAACUCUGUGACUUCAACAAGAAAUUCCUCUUCUUUGUGCUGAAGAGCAGCGAUGUUCUGGACAUCCUUGUCCCCAUCUUGUAUUUUCUCAAUGAUGCCAGAGCAGACCAGUCACGAGUGGGCUUGAUGCACAUUGGGGUCUUUAUCCUCCUGCUUCUCAGUGGGGAGCGCAACUUUGGGGUCCGCCUGAACAAGCCCUACUCUGUACGAGUGCCUAUGGACAUCCCUGUCUUCACAGGGACACAUGCAGACCUGCUCAUCAUAGUCUUUCACAAGAUCAUAACCAGCGGGCACCAGCGGCUGCAGCCUCUCUUUGACUGCCUGCUGACCAUCGUCGUGAACGUGUCUCCCUACUUGAAGUCUCUCUCCAUGGUGGCUGCUAACAAGUUGCUGCAUCUCCUGGAGGCUUUUUCCACCACCUGGUUCCUGUUCUCUGCUGUCCAGAACCACCAUCUCGUUUUCUUCUUGCUGGAAGUUUUCAACAACAUCAUUCAGUACCAGUUUGAUGGGAACUCCAAUUUGGUCUACGCGGUUAUCCGCAAGCGGAACGUCUUUCACCAGCUGGCCAACCUGCCCACCGACUCCCAGGCCAUCCAGAAGGGGCUGCAGCGCAAGAAGAAGACUCCCGAGCCCAUUUCUCGUACCAACUCCCAGGAUGGGGUCUCCAUGGAAGGCUCACGUCCUGCUGCCCCUGCUGAACCAGGCACGCUGAAGACAAGUUUGGUGGCUACUCCAGGAAUUGACAAGCUCACAGAGAAGUCACAGGUGUCAGAGGAUGGCACCAUGCGUUCUCUGGAGCCUGAGUCUUCACAGCCUCCUCCAGAGGGGAACCCACCCUCAGCUGGGAGUGAUGGGGAGCCCUGGAGUGGGGAGGCAUCUCAGCCCCGACGGGAUCGAAGGCGUCUCUCCAGUGCAUCCUCCAUUGGACAGUGGACCCCAACUCCUGACUGGGUGAUGUCUUGGAAGUCAAAGCUUCCCCUGCAGACAAUCAUGAGGCUCUUACAGGUGCUGGUCCCUCAGGUGGAGAAGAUCUGCAUUGACAAGGGUCUCACUGAUGAAUCAGAGAUCCUCAAGUUCCUGCAACAUGGCACACUGGUGGGGCUGCUCCCCGUGCCUCACCCCAUCCUCAUUCGCAAGUACCAGGCUAACUCGGGCACUGCCAUGUGGUUCCGGACCUACAUGUGGGGAGUUAUUUAUUUGAGGAACGUGGAUCCCCCUAUCUGGUAUGACACAGAUGUGAAGCUGUUUGAAAUUCAACGGGUCUAA